CCCAGGCAGCAGCCAGUGGGUUAGGGGAGAGGGAGUAAGUGGCAGGUUCCUGUUCCUGUUUCCUGCCGGAAUGUUCCCUCCCUCCCCCCGUCCCCGAGUGGGCACAGGAAGUCACCAUGUCGAGUGCACACAAGAACAAAAUUGCAGAAUUCCAGAGCCUACUCAGUGAGCCACACAUCAACCUGAAAGUGCUGCGAGAGCUCUGCUUCAAUGGAAUUCCAUUCGAAGGCGGUAUUCGGUGUCUGUGCUGGAAGGUCUUGCUUAAUUAUCUACCCCGAGAUCGGUCAUUAUGGGACACUGUGCUGCAGAAGCAGAGGGAAACCUACGCACAUUUCCUAAGAGAGAUGAUUAUACAACCAGGGAUCGCCAAAGUCAAAUUUGGGGUGUCCAGAGAAGAUGUCACUUUGGAAGAUCACCCCCUGAAUCCCAACCCGGACAGUCAGUGGAACACGUACUUCAAAGAUAAUGAGGUGCUCCUGCAGAUAGACAAGGACGUCAGGAGACUGUGCCCUGAUUUCUCAUUUUUCUUGAACCCCACGGAUUACCCAUGCCAAUUGAUCAUGGAUCCGGAAAACGAGUACGAGACUCUUCGGAAACGGGUAGAACAAACCACUCUGAAGUCUCAGACUGUAGCGCGAAACCGAAGCGGUGUCACUAACGUAAGCUCUCCGCUAAAAUCCUCCGCUUCCAACUCUGUGGGAGACUACGAUCCCCUUCCUAAUGGCAGCGAGGCACACUGGGAGGUGGUAGAAAGGAUCCUCUUCAUUUAUGCCAAGCUGAACCCCGGUAUUGCUUACGUCCAAGGCAUGAAUGAAAUCGUCGGGCCCAUUUACUACACUUUUGCCACUAACCCAAAGAGCGACUGGAAAGAGCACGCAGAGGCAGACACGUUCUUCUGCUUUACCAAUCUGAUGGCUGAAAUCCGAGACAAUUUCAUUAAGAGCCUGGAUGACUCUCAGUGUGGCAUCACCUCCAAGAUGGAGAGCGUUUACUCCACCCUGAAGGAGGAGGAUGAGGAGCUUUACCUAAAACUGCAAGAACAGAACAUCAAACCUCAGUUCUUUACUUUCCGCUGGCUGACACUGCUCCUCUCCCAGGAGUUUGUCCUUCCCGAUGUCAUUCGGAUCUGGGAUUCGCUCUUCGCAGACGAGAAGAGAUUCGACUUCCUUCUCAUGGUCUCUUGUGCUAUGCUGAUACUAAUCCGGAAUCAGCUACUUGAAGGAGACUUCACAAUAAACAUGAGGCUGUUACAAGAUUAUCCGCUGCCUAAUGGGGAUGUUCUACCAAUACUGAAAAAAGCAAAAGAAUUGCAGGACUCCAAAUAAAAUGGCGAGAUACUGCUCCCACGACCUCCAUAAGGACAUCUGUGCCGCGGGUAUCCCCAGUCGCUGGACUAGCAUGCGGCCCAAACUAUGAUGGACACAGAAAUCCAGACACUAAUUGACUAAUUGGCUUCUGGUCAAAGCCAUUCUGCACUAAAGUGAUGACCAACACAGCAAGAGUUGACUUUCUUCUGCAUUAGUGGGAGCGGAGACCAAAAUCAUGGGAGUUGCAGCAUUGUCUGAUCUCAUUCAUUCCAUUAAACACAUCCCCGUCAGACAUGUGCACCUCCCUGUCAUGGCUGCUGAUCUGAUCAGUCCUCGCACUCCUCUUUAGACUGCUAGAGACACACUGUAGCAUCUCGCAGCUGAAAGCUGCCCCUGAUGUCGCCUGUUGUGUUAUAUACAGGAAUGUUAUGUUACUUUGUAUUAUAUGUUUCCUUUUCUUUAUGUACUGGGAUCUCCAUGUGUUUUAUCCCUAUUGUAUAAAGAAAACCACCAUCCUUGAUUUUAGCAAACGUGGGUGCAGCAUGGUCUAAUCCUAGGGCAAUUCCCAACAUACUCCAGCUGUCAGCCUCUCA